AUGAGAGGAACAUUGAGGGUAAGGUCAUGGGUGGGAAUGCUUGUGUUGGUGUUAAUGGUGGGAGGUGUUUGUGUGGUUCCUAUGGUUAGUGGAGAUACGAGCCCUAGCCAGUGCAAGAACGAGAAAAGGCUUCUGGUUAAUGCUUGUAGGGCUAUAAUUUUUGGACAAAACCCUUCUGCGGUUUGUUGCCAGCGUAUUAGGGUCACCCAUGUUGAGUGUGUGUGCCCCUAUGUUACCCCUAAGGUUGCAGCCCUCAUCGGAGUUCAACGUACCAUCAAGCAGAUUCAAAGUUGUGGAAGGGCACUCCCUCGCAACUUCAAGUGUGGGAGUGUCACCACUCCAUAAGCAAGGAAUGGAUUGAAAUGGUUAUCCCACAUUACUUUUCAUGAAAUUCUCAUGGUUAUUUACCCUAGCUGUAUGAGUUUGUCUCACUCUGAUAGAGAUGGGGAUAAAGAGUGAGAGUGAGAGAAUAAUGUAACUCUAAGAAUAAUAACUAUAUAAUGAAAUAAUUUCCCUGUUAAAUAGUUGGUCUUCUUUUUCUUUCCUCCUGAUCUAAACGAUUGGAAUAUGUCAUUUCUGAAAUGGUAAAUUAGGGGUUCUUAAAUUUGUUCUGGAGAUUCAUAGUGUGG